GCAAUUAGUGCAGACCGUUAUGCCAGGCAUAACAAAUUUGUGCCUUACAUGCUAGAUUUUUAGAAUGACAGUGAAGAGUUUGAUUAGAAAUAAGAGAUGCAUUUUUAUCUUUGCGUUGCUUGCCAUCGCUGAAGUGUCUCCUGAGGAUCAGGUGGCAGAGGAGUGCGAUGCAAAAAAUGGACCAUUGGCUAAAUUGAGAGAAAAUUCUGCAAAACUGAAUAGUUUGGUGGAAAAGCACAUUUGCAAAAUGACUGAAGCUCAAGAUACUAAUGUAACUAACGCCAAUACAAAAGACAAAGAUACUGCAAAAUCGGGUUCUUGCAAUUCUGACUUUGAGCAAGUACCAGAAAGAAGCAAGCGCAUUGUUGUAUGCAAUGUGCAUUCAGGGAACAUCGACGGUGAAUUCAAAAUGGAGCAUAUUAGCGAAACGCUUUGCACGCAUGUCCUUAUCAGCGGGUUCUAUGAGGUCAAAGUUGAUACGCUGGAAAUAACGGGAAAAAAAUUGGAAAACUACACUAUCACUGACCUGAUGACUUAUUUGAAGUCAAAAAAAUUGAAAGUUUGGCUGAGCAUCGGGGCUGAUGGAACUUUGGAGCCAAAAGAUUACUCGACGUUGGCAACAACAGAGGAAUCGCGAACAAAGUUUAUUAAAAAUGUCAUGGGCAUUCUAGUUGCUCUAGGAAUGGACGGCUUCAGUCCUAGAUGGAGAUAUCCAGUUUGCAUCUACGAAGAUUGUUACAAACCAAAGAUGGUAGAUUCUGAGAACUCUGUUCGCCUUAUUGAGAGUUUGUCAGCACAACUGCGACCAAAGGGCCUUUCUCUUGUCAUCUACACAACAAAAUCGUUUAUGUACAGCACAAUGUUUAAAUUUAAAAGUCUGACGAAAUUUGUUGAUUACUGGUUAAUCGUGUGCUACAAUAAUCGGGGCCAUUGGGAUCCAAUUGCUGGCGAAUCAAGUUCUAUCAAAUUUUUGGAUCAAUGUCUUGGUUGGUACCGAGCAGCGAUUCAAAGCGAGACUGCUAUACUUGGCCUUGCUCCCCAUUAUCUUCCAUUGAAACUGAUGAACAGCAAGUCAAACAAACUUGGAGCGAAUAUUAUGAAAGAUACUAAGGGAAACGCUACCUUAAAUUCAUUUAGAAAUAUCUGUAACGCUGUCACCACAUUUGGCGGAAAGUUGGUAUACAAUGAGUCGUCUGGCAAUAAUGCAUAUUGGACUAAAGACUCUGACUGGGUGUCCAUUGAAACAACUGCAACCGUCCGUCAGAAGAUGGAGUUUGUUACUAAAUACAAUCUUUCUGGCGUUUUCUUGGAGCAUUUACGUGAUGAUGAUUUUGACGGAACAAUGUGCAAAUGUGGGAAGUAUCCUGUGUUGCGUACAAUGAACGAGGAGAUUCGCGGCAGCAGGCGAUGUUUCGUUCCUCUUUGCCCAACGGCAAAACCAACUGAGUGAAUCAUUUGAU